UUAAAAAAAAAAAAAAAAAAAAGCUGCGGCUGCUGACGCUGCCGGGCCCGAGUGUGUGUGAGUGAGUGUGUGUUGGUGCAUUUGUCUUGGGUGGCCGGAGCAGCGUUGGGGAAAUUCCGCUUAUUCUUCUUCUUCUGCAACUUGUUAUUCCGAGGAGUCCGCCUGCACCCCUCACCCCGGGGCGGCCCUCCCGCCGCCGCCGCCCGCCCGCCGCCCCGGGACCCCGCGCGGGCCGGGGACUCACAGGCCCCUCCGAGAGGGGCCGCGGCCGCCCCUCCCCCCCGGGCCGCGGGGGGAGGGGCGCGCGGAGUGGGACUCUUUCCGUUUGGUCCAGCCCCGCGGUGCACGCAGUUCCCAACACUUCUCGUCAUCCUCUCUCUGCUCUCUUUAUUCUGCUGAGCGGUGCUGUUAGGAUUUCUUUCUCUCUCUCUCUUUUUUUCCCCCUACCUCCUCCUCCUCUUCCUCCUCCUCCCUUGACCACGCUCGCAAUGGUGGGUAGCUGCAAGGUGGCCCUGGCAGGGGAGGGGUUUGAUGUGGACAUGGGGGCACCGGGCGAGAAAGGUCUCCUUUCAACUUUGUCUUGUGGCUUGCACCCCGGGAGGAGGCCACAUGCCGAUUGUGGGGUGUAGAUGUGCUGGGAGUGAUUUCUAAGUAGUUGAGUUGUUGAGAUGAGGGUACGGCGGCUAAUGGUAGACAGGUUUUGUUUUUGUGGGUGAAUCCGGUGUCAUCAUAUUCCGGUCAUAUGUUGAAAUAUUCUUUGUUUAGGUCUUGAAGUAGAGGAUCUCCCUCUGCACGUCCACAUUGUGUUGUUUUUAAAUGAUGUCUUCGGGAGUAUGGAUUUCUAGAAUCUCAAAUGUGAUUUUAAGGUCUCGGCAUGUGUGGGCCUCAGCACUGGCCUUGACAGUGAACUUUGUGGCUGUGUUUUUUUUUUUUUUUUUUACUUCUAAGAUUUUACUCCAUAGCUGGGAUGCUAGUUAUGCUUAAUGGUAGGUAUCAGGAAUGUAGAGUCUUGAGCUGAGGAAGUUAGAGAGGGAAGGGCAUUUAUUUAUUAAUAAUUGAUAGCUGAAUGUUAGAAUCAGAUUCAUUUGGGCUGGCUGAGGGUUUUUUUUUUUUUUCUUUCUUCCUUUUUUCCUUUAAGGCAGUUGUGCAUUCUAGGAAGGAAGCCCUUUGGCAGACGCUCUUUAUGGUGGCUCUUUGGGGGCGCGCGCGCGCGCCGGGCGGGGGGGGGGUCACCUUUUAGAGAAAUCUUUAGCAUCAUCCGUAGCUUUAUUGAGGGCCUGUUCAGGGGGCUCAGAUUGAGGCUAAGAAGUGUAAGGCUACUUUUUGGAAAAGUCUUUAUGUUAUUUGUUUACAUUUCAUGUUUCCUCACAGUUGGGCAGUAGAAAUAAGUAGGUCAGCUCUCCUAUUGGUUUUUGAAGGUUAGCCCCCUCCCCCUUUUCAAAGUUUUACCAUCUACUUGGUUUACAGCCUUGUAGGAAAGCAUGACCGAAAAUUUCCUGGGAAUACUGUUACUCAUUUUAAUUUCGGGGAUUAGAGAGCUGAAGGAGAGCCAGUUUCCCCAAAAUUGGUUUCUUUACUGCAGGACUUCUCAGAACCUUUAAUAUGCUAAUGUGCAUUGUGAAUCUCCAAGAUGGGGAUAUGAUAUGCAGCAUUCUUGAAUACUUCUAAUGACAGGGAGCCCACUACCUCAUAAGCUGCAGCAACAAGAGGAGCUUGUUAUUUUAAAGGGAGGUGAAGACACUGUAGAAUCAGCAGACCGAAGAAAGGGGAGAAGGCAGAGGAUGGAGUUGCAGACCCUACAGGAGGCUCUGAAAGUGGAAAUUCAGGUUCACCAGAAACUGGUUGCUCAAAUGAAGCAGGAUCCACAGAUAUUUUUUCUUUCCAAUCAGAAUGCUGACUUAAAGAAACAGCUUCAUGAACUCCAAGCCAAAAUCACAGCUUUGAGUGAGAAACAGAAAAGAGUAGUUGAACAGCUGCGGAAGAACCUGAUAGUCAAGCAAGAGCAGCCGGACAAGUUCCAGAUACAGCCAUUGUCACAGUCUGAAAACAAACUACAAACAGCACAGCAGCAGCCACUGCAGCCACUGCAGCCACUGCAGCAGCAGCAGCAGCAACAGCAGCAACAGCAGCAGCAGCAGCAGCAGCACGCCCAGCAGUCAGCAGCACCGCCCAGCCUGACUGCAUCACAGAAGACUGUAACUACAGCUUCUAUGAUUACCACAAAGACACUACCUCUCGUCUUGAAAGCAGCAACUGCGACCAUGCCUGCCUCUGUUGUGGGCCAGAGACCUACCAUUGCUAUGGUGACCGCCAUCAACAGUCAGAAAGCUGUGCUCAGCACUGAUGUGCAGAACACACCAGUCAACCUCCAGACGUCUAGUAAGGUCCCUGGGCCUGGGGCAGAGGCUGUCCAAAUUGUGGCAAAAAACACAGUCACUCUGCAGGUUCAAGCAACACCUCCUCAGCCCAUCAAAGUACCGCAGUUUAUCCCUCCCCCCAGACUCACUCCACGCCCAAACUUUCUUCCACAGGUCCGCCCCAAGCCUGUGGCCCAGAAUAACAUUCCUAUUGCUCCAGCGCCUCCUCCCAUGCUUGCAGCUCCUCAGCUUAUCCAGAGGCCUGUCAUGCUGACCAAGUUUACACCCACAACCCUCCCCACAUCCCAGAAUUCCAUCCACCCCGUCCGUGUCGUCAAUGGGCAGACCGCAACCAUAGCCAAAACGUUCCCCAUGGCCCAGCUCACCAGCAUUGUGAUAGCUACUCCAGGGACCAGACUCGCUGGACCUCAGACUGUACAGCUUAGCAAACCAAGCCUUGAGAAACAGACAGUUAAAUCCCACACAGAAACAGAGGAGAAACAAGCAGAGAGCCGCACCAUCACUCCGCCUGCUGCCCCAAAACCAAAACGAGAAGAGAACCCUCAGAAACUUGCCUUCAUGGUGUCUCUAGGGUUGGUAACACAUGACCAUCUAGAAGAAAUCCAAAGCAAGAGGCAGGAACGGAAGAGAAGGACGACCGCGAACCCGGUGUAUAGUGGGGCCGUCUUUGAGCCAGAGCGUAAGAAGAGCGCAGUCACUUACCUUAACAGCACAAUGCAUCCUGGGACGCGGAAGAGAGGUCGUCCUCCAAAAUACAAUGCAGUGCUGGGGUUUGGAGCCCUUACCCCAACAUCCCCCCCAUCCAGUCAUCCCGACUCCCCUGAAAAUGAAAAGACAGAGACCACAUUCACUUUCCCUGCACCUGUGCAGCCUGUGUCCCUGCCCAGCCCCACCUCCACAGACGGUGACAUCCACGAGGAUUUUUGCAGUGUUUGCAGAAAGAGUGGCCAGUUGCUGAUGUGUGACACGUGUUCGCGUGUGUAUCAUCUGGAUUGCUUAGACCCUCCUCUGAAAACAAUUCCCAAGGGCAUGUGGAUCUGCCCCAGAUGUCAAGACCAGAUGCUGAAGAAGGAAGAAGCAAUUCCAUGGCCUGGAACUUUAGCCAUUGUUCAUUCCUAUAUUGCCUACAAAGCAGCAAAAGAAGAGGAGAAACAGAAGCUACUUAAGUGGAGUUCAGACUUGAAACAGGAGCGAGAACAACUGGAGCAGAAGGUGAAGGAGCUGAGCAGUUCUAUCAGUAAAUGUAUGGAGAUGAAGAACACCAUCUUGGCACGGCAGAAGGAGAUGCGCGGCUCCCUGGACAAGGUGAAACAACUCAUCCGCCUCAUCCAUGGCAUCGACCUCUCUAAACCUGUAGACUCUGAGGCCACUGUGGGGGCCCUCUCCAACGGCCCAGACUGCACCCCCCCUGCCAACGCCGCCUCCACACCUGCCCCCUCCCCGUCCUCUCAGAGCUGCACAGCGAACUGUAACCAGGCGGAAGAGACUAAAUAACAGAGCCCUCGAGGAGACGCCACAGUCCCAGUGGCGAGGAGACUCUAGAGAAGCAAAACCGGAUUUCUUCUGGAAAGGACAGAAUUCUUUUGGUUCUUUGGUUCCAGAGAGAGAGAAGAUGCUUGUGCCAGUGGCACCCGAGUUUGCCAAUUGAUUCUUCUUAUUCUGUGUGUACAUGCAAAGAUUGGACCAUGUUACAUGAAAUAGUGCCAGCUGGAGGUUCUUUGCCAGCACCAUGCCAAGUGAAAUAAUAUAUUUACUCUCUCUAUUAUACACCAGUGUGUGCCUGCAGCAGCCUCCACAGCCACGGUGGGUUUGUUUUGUUCUGUUGGGUGGGGAGCAGGGGCGGGCGGAGGGAGGAGAGCAGGUUUCAGAUCCUUACUGGGAGCCGUUGGUUUAGGUAGAAAAGACAAGUCCAAAGAGUGUGUGGGCUUUCCUGUUCCUAAACUUUCACUACCAUAAAACCAAAAAAAAAAAAGAAAAAAAAGAAAAAAAGGAAA